GUUUCAAACUCAAACACAAUUUUGAAGACGGACAAGAAAGAAGAGGGAGUAAAAUAAGGAAUAAAACUGAAAAAAGAACAGAGGACAACUGUAUGGGAAUUACAAACUAAGUAAAUACCACAGUUCCUGAUCAGGACGGAGGUUCAACUAAGGAACUAAAUUUAACAGAGAGACUGUACUGCAUGAAAAUCCCAGGAGGGCAGCUGUUUCUGUGAUGCUAGAACCACCACAUCUGGCACCAUCCAUCUGGCACAGUCGCUUAGAUCACACAUCUUGCCCAUUCUAAUAGGUUGGCUAGUUUGGGAUAGAACCCACAUGUGGUGUAAACUGGUCUGAUGUGUUCCAGUCUCCUGAGAUAGGGGGCGCUGUUUCUAAAAUGAGUCACUCAGGAGAGCCAGACACCAAAGGAGGAACCCUCAGCACUAACAGAAAGAGGGUCCAGGAGGAAAGAGCAGGGUCACCUGUACCCAGCUGUCUGUCUAUGAAGAGUGAUCGUUCAAUGGCUCAUCUUAUUGACUUCAAAGGGGAAUUUACAGCUGAUUCAAGGGUUCAGGUAGAAAGAGCAGGGUCACCUGUACCCAGCUGUGUGUCUAUGAAGAGUGAUCAUUCAAUGGGGAGGAUACUCAACUUCAGAGAAGAGUAUCCAGGUGAUUCAAGGGUUCAGGUGGAAAGAGCAGGGUCACCUGUACCCAGCUGUGUGUCUAUGAAGAGUGAUCAUUCAAUGGGGAGGAUACUCAACUUCAGAGAAGAGUUUCCAGGUGAUUCAAGGACCCAGGUAGAAAGAGCAGAGUCACCUGUACCCAGCUGUAUGUCUAUGAAGAGUGAUCAUUCAAUGGGGAGGAUACUCAACUUCAGAGAAGAGUAUCCAGGUGAUUCAAGGGUUCAGGUAGAAAGAGCAGGGUCACCUGUACCCAGCUGUGUGUCUAUGAAGAGUGAUCAUUCAAUGGGGAGGAUACUCAACUUCAGAGAAGAGUUUCCAGGUGAUUCAAGGACCCAGGUAGAAAGAGCAGAGUCACCUGUACCCAGCUGUAUGUCUAUGAAGAGUGAUCAUUCAAUGGGGAGGAUACUCAACUUCAGAGAAGAGUAUCCAGGUGAUUCAAGGGUUCAGGUGGAAAGAGCAGGGUCACCUGUACCCAGCUGUGUGUCUAUGAAGAGUGAUCAUUCAAUGGGGAGGAUACUCAACUUCAGAGAAGAGUUUCCAGGUGAUUCAAGGACCCAGGUAGAAAGAGCAGAGUCACCUGUACCCAGCUGUAUGUCUAUGAAGAGUGAUCAUUCAAUGGGGAGGAUACUCAACUUCAGAGAAGAGUAUCCAGGUGAUUCAAGGGUUCAGGUAGAAAGAGCAGGGUCACCUGUACCCAGCUGUGUGUCUAUGAAGAGUGAUCAUUCAAUGGGGAGGAUACUCAACUUCAGAGAAGAGUUUCCAGGUGAUUCAAGGACCCAGGUAGAAAGAGCAGAGUCACCUGUACCCAGCUGUAUGUCUAUGAAGAGUGAUCAUUCAAUGGGGAGGAUACUCAACUUCAGAGAAGAGUAUCCAGGUGAUUCAAGGGUUCAGGUAGAAAGAGCAGGGUCACCUGUACCCAGUUGUGUGUCUAUGAAGAUUGAUCAUUCAAUGGGGAGGAUACUCAACUUCAGAGAAGAGUUUCCAGGUGAUUCAAGGAUCCAGCAGUCACUGGAUUACAGCUCUUUUAAAGAGAAGAGUUCAGAUACAUUAUCUUCUGCAAAAAAGGUAUGAGAUCUUUUUUUGUAG